AUGAACUAUGGGAUGGAUGUUACUCCGUACGUUUUCCAUCUUUAUCUAUCUGCCGAAACCGGCGCCGCGAAAGAUGAUGGGUUGACCAUCGCUGGUAACGAGUUUGUCGUUUUGGACUUUGAGGAUGCCUCUUGGGGUCAAAUUUUUUUUUUGAAGACGGUUGGUGACAGAUACACCAUAGAAAUGUAUUGUAUUGACGAAAAGAAGCUGGUCUGGUUUGGUCUGGCUCUUCAUAUCAUCUACUAUCUGGUGGGUCUGAGAGGCAUUCAGCCCAAAGUGAUCCCAGCUUCGAUUUGGGGGUCGGGUAGCUACUCGCUGCGAUACGCACGUCGCUUUGGACGUUUAUUGCUGUCGAGACUUGGGCCUUCUUCCAUCUUUUGA